GCUAGCCCCGCGCGGAGCCUGGGCCCGGGAAGCCCCCAGCGCCAUAUACCCCACCCCCAUUCUAGCGCCCUCCACUCACUUUAGGGAAAUUUCAACCAUGGAGAAAGGAGGUCCUGCCCUUGCCCCUCGCCCCCCUCUUCUUCCCUCCAACAGGGGAGACUCUUCUUCCAUAGGAGCCUUGGAAGGAAACAAGAUGCCAGGCCUAGCGCGUUUGGGGAUCCUCUCUGGACAAGGCCACAGAGUGAAAACACCAGGUGAGAACGUCACUGCCCGCGGGGCUACCCAGGGUCUCUGGAGAUCCACGCCCCCUCCAGCUUCCUGCCUUGCCUUAGCCUUUUUCUCCUCAGGCUCAGCCUGGGGUCCGUUUAGGAUCUUACUGGAAGGCCCCUGACCAGUUUCUUCAACCCACUCAUUAAACUGAAAGGGAAACUGAGGCUCAGAGAAGAGUAGUGACUUGACCAGGGUCACAUGGCGUGUUCCUGGAGAGAGGUGAGCCGGAGCCCAGUGAUGCGGACUUCCUAGCCAGAGGUCAGUUCGUGUUCCUUAACCUUGAGUAUAGCUGGCACAGUGUGUCAGCCUCUGGCCCUUGCCCUGUGCCCAGCAGCAGAGCCAGACAGCUCCUCUUCCAGCAUGGCAUCGGCUGCUUCUUCGUCUCCAGGACAGUCCCCACCUAGGUGGGCUUUCUGGAUCAUUGAUCACUCUAGACAAGCUUCGGGAUCCCAUGGACUCUAUGGCCAACCAACCAGGUUGCUACUUGCAAACGUCUGCUUCGAUUGAGGGCUUCCUACAGCUCACCAGUUCUCUGGAACUUUCUGGGGCCAAACCUUUUCCAGACGGCUUACAAGCACCUGUUAGUUUCUGGAUGGACACAUGGCCUGCAGGCUCUGGCCAGGCCCCCCAGAGCCAUGUGGACCCAGCUCUUUGGACUCCUGUGCCCAAUCCUGACGAUGCCUGCACUCUCCCUGUAACACCCACAAGGGUGUUUGACCAGAAUUCACUGAAGACAGCUGUGAAGUACUCUACAUGCGCAAGGUGCUACAUACAUUCCAGACAUCUCUGGGCCCCGACUCUGGACCAGGGCUGGGGACCUAGAGGUGGAUCCGACCCAGCCUGGCUGUGAGUCUGGCAAAGGAGAGAGGUUCCUGCUUGGGAGCAGUUAGCACUGGAAUCCUGAAUGGCUCUUCCAACGGGUAUCCAUUGCCAAAGCCAAGCCUUUAAUGCACAGAAGGGGACACGGAGGCAUCCCUCCGAGAGACACUAUUUGCCAAGGUCACACAGCAGGUCAGUGCGUUGUUGAGACUAGUUCCCAGAACACUUCCUCCUGGCCUGGGCUCUUUCUCUGCGUCUUGAUCCCAGCAGCCAGCCUGUGAGAGGCACACAAAGCCAGGCACCUGGUUCAGGGUCCACCUCUACUAAAUGACGGCUAUGUCACUUGGACCACUCCGUUCUCUGUACUAGGGCCUCAGUCACCCAAAGUGGAUGACUAAGGGGCUCCCACUCUAACUGUGAGUCUGGGAUUCUUUGAAAUGUGGUAUUUUCCCAGGCUGUGGCAUCCCUCUAUGGGAGUCUGCGGGACACUGCUGGGGUGUUUUCCUCCCGUCAGCCUGGAGCUAAAGAUACUAUAAGGAGACUGUAGUUGCUUCAGCCACGGGCUCUGCAGACCACUCUGUGGAUGACCUGGGGGUCUGUUCUACACAACUUGGAGCCCAUUGGAUCCCCUCCAAUGCGAGCCCCCCACGCCUAGCAGGAGCUAUAUAAGGCGGAACGAAGCAGGCGACGGGGGCAGCGCAGCCGAGCGGAGCCCAGGAGAGGAGAGAGAAGGAGAGAGAGAGCCUGAGCGAGAGACGGGGAAGCAAGAAGAUAGAAACCACCGGUGCGUCGGGACGGGAACGCAGGUGUUCGGAGCACCGGAGCUGGAGCUCUGCAGCCGCUAGUCAUGUACCGCUCCACCAAGGGCGCCUCCAAGGCGCGCCGCGACCAGAUCAACGCUGAGAUCCGGAACCUCAAGGAGCUGCUGCCUCUGGCUGAAGCGGACAAGGUCCGGCUGUCCUACCUGCACAUUAUGAGUCUUGCUUGCAUCUACACCCGCAAGGGCGUCUUCUUCGCUGGAGGCACUCCUCUGGCGGGCCCCACAGGACUUCUCUCAUCUCAAGAGCUUGAAGACAUAGUGGCGGCACUACCUGGAUUUCUACUUGUGUUCACAGCUGAGGGGAAGCUGCUAUAUCUGUCUGAGAGCGUGAGCGAACAUCUGGGCCACUCCAUGGUGGACCUGGUUGCCCAGGGUGACAGUAUCUACGACAUCAUUGACCCAGCUGACCACCUAACUGUGCGCCAGCAGCUCACCCUGCCCUCUGCCCUGGACACUGAUCGUCUCUUCCGCUGUCGCUUCAACACCUCCAAGUCUCUCAGGCGCCAGAGUGCAGGAAACAAACUAGUGCUUAUUCGAGGCCGAUUCCAUGCUCAUCCACCUGGGGCCUACUGGGCAGGAAACCCUGUUUUCACAGCAUUCUGUGCCCCACUGGAGCCAAGACCUCGUCCCGGUCCUGGCCCAGGCCCUGCCUCACUCUUCUUGGCCAUGUUCCAGAGCCGUCAUGCUAAGGACCUGGCCCUAUUGGACAUCUCCGAGAGUGUCCUAAUCUACCUGGGCUUUGAGCGCAGUGAACUGCUCUGUAAAUCAUGGUAUGGACUUCUGCACCCCGAGGACCUGGCCCACGCUUCUGCUCAACACUACCGCCUGUUGGCUGAGAGUGGAGAUAUUCAGGCAGAGAUGGUCGUGAGACUGCAGGCCAAGCCUGGAGGCUGGGCAUGGAUUUAUUGCCUGUUAUACUCAGAAGGUCCAGAGGGCCCCAUUACUGCUAAUAACUACCCAAUCAGUGACACGGAAGCCUGGAGCCUCCGCCAGCAACUGAACUCUGAAAACACCCAGGCAGCCUAUGUCCUGGGCACCCCAACCAUGCUUCCCUCGUUCCCUGAGAACAUCCUCCCCCAAGAGCAGUGCUCCAGCCCCAACCCACUCUUCACCCCAGCCCUGGGGCCUCCCAGAAGCACCAAUUUCCCUAGCGCUCCAGAGCUGGGUGCUGCUUCAACAUCAGAAGAGCUUCCCCAAUCCCAAAAAGAGCUGGGCUUUAGUUACCUGGCAUUCCCGUCUGGCUCUGAGCCUUCUCUUCAAGCAGACCUGAGCAAGGAUCUUGUGUGCACCCCACCCUACACACCCCACCAGCCGGGAGGCUGUGCCUUCCUCUUCAGCCUCCAUGAGCCCUACCAGACCCACUUGUCCACUCCGUCCAGCUCUCUCCAAGAACAGCUGACUCCAAGCACCGCAACCUUUGCUGAUCAACUGACGCCUAGCAGUGCAACCUUCCCAGAUCCACUGACUAGCCCACUUCAAGGCCAGCUGACCGAAACCUCAGCCAGAAGCUACGAAGAUCAAUUGACUCCCUGCACGUCUGCUUUUCCAGACCAGCUGCUUCCCAGCACUGCCACCUUCCCAGAGUCUCUGGGCAGCCCUGCCCAUGAGCAGCUGACUCCUCCCAGCACAGCAUUCCAAGCACACCUCAACAGCCCCAGCCAAACUUUCCCAGAGCAACUGAGCCCCAAUCCUACCAAGACUUACUUCACCCAGGAGGGAUGCAGUUUUCUCUAUGAGAAGUUGCCCCCAAGUCCUAGCAGCCCUGGUAAUGGGGACUGCACGCUCCUGGCCCUAGCCCAGCUGCGGGGCCCCCUCUCUGUGGACGUCCCUCUGGUGCCUGAAGGCCUGCUUACACCUGAGGCCUCUCCAGUCAAGCAGAGUUUCUUCCACUACUCUGAGAAGGAGCAGAAUGAGAUAGACCGCCUCAUCCAGCAGAUCAGCCAGUUGGCUCAGGGCAUGGACAGGCCCUUCUCAGCUGAGGCUGGCACGGGUGGGCUGGAGCCACUUGGAGGUCUGGAGCCCCUGGACUCCAACCUGUCCCUGCCGGGGGCUGGUCCCCCUGUGCUCAGCCUGGACUUGAAACCCUGGAAAUGCCAGGAGCUGGAUUUCCUGGCUGACCCCGAUAACAUAUUCCUGGAAGAGACGCCCGUGGAAGACAUCUUCAUGGAUCUCUCUACCCCAGACCCCAAUGGGGAAUGGAGUUCAGGGGAUCCUGAGGCAGCGGUCCCAGGAGGGGCCUCAUCGCCUUGCAACAACCUGUCCCCAGAAGACCACAGCUUCCUGGAGGACCUGGCCACAUACGAAACCGCCUUUGAGACAGGUGUCUCAGCAUUCCCCUACGAUGGGUUUACUGAUGAGUUGCAUCAACUCCAGAGCCAAGUUCAAGACAGCUUCCAUGAAGAUGGAAGUGGAGGGGAACCAACGUUUUGAAUAAGUCUGUGACUUAACGUCGUCAAGUAUGGCAUAUUGUCAUCAAGACGUGGAGCCGCUCUCCACCCCCCCGGGAAUGUUGGGGGGAUUCUGGGGGCCGGAGGGGGAUAUAUCUGAUUCUCCAGGCCCUGCAGGAUUUGGGGGGGGGAGGUGGGAGGGCAAGGGAGGGGAGCUUCUUUUUAAAAUUUAGAGACUUCAAGCAAUCCCAGUUUCCAUUUCAAUCUGUAUUCACUCGUAGUGAGUUUCCUUGAAUGGGAUUUCAAGCGGAGAAUGGGGGAGUCUCACUUCCCCACCCCCCGCACUACCCCAUGGGCCUGGGCCAGUUCUCCACUCCUGGGGGCCAAGCCACCCCUGGGCCUUGGUGGGGGAAAGGCAGCGCCCACCUGGGCCAGCCUGUGCCCUCAGGGGCUCUUGACACCCACGUAGAAUUCUCUACACACCAGUAACGGGAUUUCAAUUCCGAUGGACUCUGCCGCCCUGGCGGCCCUUCUUGUGACUUUUGCGCCCCGCGCCUGGGGUGGGGGGCGCGAAGAGACGCUACGUUCCUUUCCGAUGGAGGAAGGCAGACCUGCCGCUGUCACACGUGUGCUUGCACGAGUGCGUGUACUUGGUGCGGGACUCACCCGGCUGCCAGACUGCCUGGGCCUGCCCAGGUGGCCACUGCGUGGUGCUGCGGUGACUUUGUA